GGCGCGAGUCAGUUAGCGACGCGAGGCGGCGACGCGCGGUCGUUCGAGCAGUGUAUCUAGGAGCAGUGAACCGCCACUCGCCUGCUAGCGUUCGCGUACGCGCCGCAUUCCAUCGUGGAGGGCCUUCGCCGCUAUUGGCCGAGCCCGCGUGACGUCACCCCUCAUAAUGAGGUAUUCAACAUGGCCGUGUAGCUAGUUCGCGAGUGUGCUUCGUUAUUCGUUUGAAUGGAUUUAAUCAGUGAAAUAUGCCAAGGAGAAGAAACGGUGAGAUACCCUUGCCCGACGGAUGGGAUUUCGCGACAGACUUUGACGGGAAACUGUACUUCAUCGACCACAAUAAUAGGAAAACGACGUGGAUCGACCCGCGAGACAGAUAUACAAAGCCGCAAUCCUUUGCCGACUGCACUGGCAAUGAAUUGCCACUGGGCUGGGAGGAAGCCUUCGACCCUCAGGUCGGGCCAUAUUACAUCAAUCAUGUCAAUCAGGUGACGCAGUUAGAAGACCCUCGGCUAGAAUGGCUGAGCAUACAGGAGGCGAUGUUGAGGGAUUACCUCCACACCGCGCAGGAGGCUUUGGAGGCGAAGAAGGAGAUGUACGAUGUGAAGAAGCAGAGGCUGUGUCUGGCGCAGGACGAGUACAAGCACCUGAACAACGCGCUCAGCACCCUCGGAGCCUCGCGGACCAGCUUGUGUUCAUCAACAACAUCGGUGACCACUACGUCUACCACUUCCCGUCAUGACCCCGACCUCCUGAGGUCAGAAGUGACCCAGGCCCGCGGUCGAGUGGCGAGGCUGAGGAAGGAACUUCGCGCCGCCAGGGCAGAGGUGGCGUGUGCUAGGCGAGGGGUCGACACCCUAGCUGAGGUGGAACAAAAGCUGAGCGCGCAGCAAGCAUGCUACAACAUCACGGAGGCGCAAGCCAUAAUGACGGAACUGAAAAACAUCCAGAAAUCCCUGACUUCAGGCGAGAAAGAGCGGGCCGACCUAAUGCAGUCGCUAGCCAAGCUCAAGGACGAUCUGACGAGGCUACAAUUAGGUGAUGCCUCGCCAGACCUAUCCACUUUAAGUCUACCCCAAGAGAAGCUGAGCACCGCCUCACAAACAGAUCUAUGUGCGGAGCUUGUCCCUAUAGGUACCAGACUAGCAGAAAUGGCCCGAGUCAGACUCCAAUACGACGAGGCCAGAAAACGGAUACAACAAAUCCAACAGCAACUAGCUGACCUAGAAGACAAAGUCCAACCCGGACAGGCAGAGUCUGACAAAGACAGACUACUACUAUUCCAGGAGAAAGAACAAUUACUACGGGAACUAAGAAGUAUAACGCCGAGGAAGCGAUCGAAGCAGGAAAUGUGCGAGAUUCAGACGGAAUGCAAACGCUUGGAGCAAGACUUGAAGAAUGCAUUCGAAAUGUCGAACAAGUGCAUAGCGGAUCGGUUGAGGCUACAUGAGGAGAAGCAACUUCUGCUGCAACAGUUGAAAGACGCUUUAUCUUCAAUGACGACGUUAGAAGGGCAGUUGAAGACGCUAUCAGCUAGUACUUUGUCUGUGUCUAGUAGUUCGAGCUUAGGGUCGCUUUCUACAGCGAGUAGCAAAGGAUCUUUGAGCUCGAGCAUCAGUUUCACAGACAUAUAUGGGGGCCCGUUGAUUGCGAGUUCCUUGCAAGCGGACAAACCUAUCGACAUGGUGGAUCUACAUAGACGAGUCGAAAGGUUACUCCGAGGCUCCACCUAUAACGUGGACACCCCCGGUGCAAGCAGUUCUCAGCCCUCCUUGUCGCCUCGAAGCAGUUUGUCGUCUGCCAGCCCGCCUCCUCCGCCACCGUCUUACAAUCAGGUGGAGAGGCAAAGAAGACAGCAGAAAGAAUUGGAAGAUAAAUUAUCUGAAAUGAGAAUAGGGGCCACCGGAGAAAUCACUGGUUUACCUACAAUCCCCGUACAAACCCAGGGACCGGGGCGGCCGUGUGAGCCGCUCUCCCCUAUCUGUGAAACACCGCCGCCCCCGCUGUCGCCUAGACCUUCUUCUAGUGGUACAAACACUAGAUCAGUGUCGGCGGCAGUGAGCGACGAGUCGGUCGCCGGAGACUCGGGCGUCUUCGAGGCAGCUCAGGGAGGCUCUGAUGCAGUGAACAGCGCCCAGAUAGAGAUCAAGCUGCGCUACAGUCCUGAAGACAGCGCGUUAGAGAUCGGCAUGCUGCGCGCGCGCAACCUGCACGCGCUCUUCAUAGACGUGGAGACGGAAGUAGCAAUAAAAGGCGCGCUAGUUAUCGGCGGCGGGUGCGGGCGCGCGUUCCGCUCUCGCGACGUGCCGUGGCGUGGUUCUACAGUGGCCUGGCAGGAGACCGUGUCGACAGAAGUAGCUGGCCGUAGAGCCAUAGCGGCCUGCACUCUGCAGCUUAAUGUGGCCACGGGGAACGAGUGUUUGGGUUGUGCGCAAGUCAGCCUAGCGGAUUUCGACCCAGACGUGGUGUCUCAGAAGUGGUAUAACGUGCUUAGUUUCCGCUGUAUGCGACGGGAUGAAAGCUCUGACGAGUCCACGGUUAUAUCGUCACAGACUUCCACGCUUACUAGGAAUAGAGGUCCAGAAAGUAUGACAGGAGCAGAGUGCAACGUCGUGGACUGCGGGGACAACUCCGACGAUGACGACGACGAGGCGAGGGAACCACUCAACCAGAUAGUGGAAGAGGACUCGUUCGAAGACUACAUUCCUGAAGACAUAGCGAUAGAGGAGCUGCUUCCUAACACGGCGGAGAAAGAGACCAACACCGAAUGCAACUUCUGCCCCGAGGGAGCGAGACAGCUGCAUAGGAGAAAAAGCCAACUAGCCAGCCCCAGUAUCGAAGAGCCUCUCGCGACGAUCAAGAGGUCCCAGACCUUCUCGCCGCAACCGCAGGGCAUCGGCAAAGGACAAUACAUCUGCAGGCUAAACCGCUCCGAGUCCGACUCAUCCAUGGCUCAAUACGCGCGGCGCUCGCUGCACCCUCCGCCCGUCGGGAUCCCCUUCGACCGAUCACUGAGGGAGCGACGCUCGCAGAGAUGGGGCCGCAUGUCUGCGGGCGCCGGCCUGCGCCACCGCAGCGUGGUGCAGAAGUCCAGGACACCUAGGACCAGUCUGGACCUAACCCUAGACCUGAAGGCGCAGCACAAGAGGCUAUCGGACCUGAGAGACGAGAUCGGACAGCUCACGCAGUUGAAAAAGAGGCUAGAAGAAGCAUGCGACCGCGGCGACCCUCAAAUAGCAGCCUGGGUGGUCACCGACGCAACCCUCCAACGACUAGUUGGAGAAGGCUCGGGCGAGCCCGAGACACGCGCCGCGCGGCUGCUGCAGCGCACGUGCCGCGAGAUCUACCGCCUGCGCAGGAGGCGCCGGGGGCCGCCGCGCCCCGACACCACCACCUUCCAAGAAAAGAUGGCAUUCUUCACACGCACCAACUCAACCAUCCCGAACUACCCCUCCGAAAACGGAGAGGAGGUCUACUCUGAAGACGAAUGGGAUGACGACCUCGAGGAGAGGCGCACUCCGGACGGCCGAUCGUCCAAGUCGCAGGAACUGCGCCGGUCGCAGAGAAGCCACACCUUAACCAACGGCCCCACGGAACCCGCUGCUUCGACAGAAGAACCAGCGGAACCCUGCUACGAGAAUUUACCAGUAAAAGUUGAGGAACAGAAGACUGAAGAGAAGUAUGAUUUUGUUGUGGAUCGAGUGUUAGGUGUUCAAGUCUAGUGAGUGAAUGGUAUGGCACCAUGUAUGUAUUUUAGGAGGAGGUGGAUUGUUCCAGAAAUGUAGGCUGCACAUUUAUAUUCGUUUACUUUGACUGAAAUAGCGUCGAGCCCAAAAAUCAUACGGCAGUAUGUAAUGUAAUAUCAAGUGGACUUCAAAAGUAUGGAGGCUUUCUGGAACUGUCCACCUGUACUUUAUUUUAUUAAUAAAAAAUAUGUUAUUUGACUCUGUGAUGCUAUAUUUAUGUAUAGCCUAUUGAGAUUUCUGGGUAGAAGACUGAAUUUUUGUAUAUUAUUGUUAUAUAUCGGCAUUCGGUUGAUUUGGCUGAAGUAUGUAUUUCUGUAUUUAUCUUGUUUUUAUCAGUGCUCUAUCUAAAACUAAUGUAUGUGCAAACGGAGUGCCAUAAGUAUUUGAACGAGUUCAACUUUAUAUAUAUUUUUUCAUUAAAGAUAUAAACAAUAAACUGUGCCUUAAAGUUGUGGUGCCUUAAAAUUCCAUUAAAUGUUACAUAAGGAGCCUUUUACAGUGCCAUAAACGGCAUAAUAUGUAUGGUAGAGACUUGAAAGUAACGUACAAAAUAUAAGAGUAUGGUGAGUCACAAAAAUAUGCCAAACAUUUUCUAUAUGUAAAGAUAAAUUAAGGCCUAAAGCAGUGGAGCUGUCGACUAUUUCUUGUAAAUAAUAAAUACGUAAACUCGAAGUAAGGUCUACCCACCGGAAUAGUGGCUCCAUUGCGCAAGAAAACAUUAUGCUAUGUAGAGGAAAUUUGUAUAGAAAAUGCUCCACCGAUUUUGACAGGCCAAAAAGUGAAAUAUUAGCUUUGUACAUACCGGCGAUUUAAUAUUAAUAAUUUAAUUUCUGAUUUCGAAGUGUUCUUUUUUGCAUUUUGCGCGUACCUGUCCCUGUAUUUGUGUUAUAUUCAUUCCCGAUACGUCUGUACGGUGGGUUUAUAAGAUAGAGCAGAAAGCAGAGCAAUGUAUCCGUACUGAAAAACAUAUUCGAAAACAAAUUAAUAUAUUUGCAACCUAAAUUAGGGCUUCAUCGCACUGCUUUUAGCUCUAUCGCUGAUUAAUUUCCGCCCUGUAUAUUAAAAUAUAUAAACAUUUUGUGCAAAACACAUAUCUUGAAAUUUAUUGGUAUCAGAUUAUAUGAUAAAUAAUAUUCUGAUUAUUCCAUAUUGUCUCUUGGAUCUGAUUUUGAACUGAAAAUGAAUGUCUCACUUUUUAUAUAUAUUUUAAGAGAAAUAGAUUUUUGUGUAAAACGUUGCGUAGUUUCAAAAUCAGUAAUCAUUUUAUUGUACAUUUUGUAUCAUACUUAGUUUUUAAUACUGUAUAUAUUCUGAAGAUAUAUUAAGUAUGUUUGUAGGUAGUUCGUAAGGAACAUUGUCUUUAUUUAAAAAAAUCAACCUAUGAAUUUUAAACUUUAUUUGUUGUUUAUUAGCAAUAUUAGAUACUAUGAUGUAUUUAACAAAAUGUUAGUAGGUAUAAAUAGUUCAUUAAAUAGCUAACUUCUUUCUUGUAAAAAUUGUAUAUUUUAUAUAAACAUUUAUGAUAAAAAUUUAAUAUACUUACCUUACUUUUGUAACAAUAAGUGAAUUUGGAUUUGCCAAAUUAAUUUAAGUCUUGUUUAAAAUCUUCCAUUAUGAAAGGAUUAUUAUUAUAUUUUGUAAAGAUGCCAAUAUUGACGGAACUUGUUGAUAUCAAUAUGAAAAUAAAGAAAAUAAUUUGUUA